AUGAAGCGAGCCAGGGAACAAAACGUCGAGGCAGCAGGACAACAAGGAGGAGAGACGGCGAGCGUUGUGCUGCCGGCCCACCGCCACGACGACGAUACAACAACAGCGUCGCCGAACAGAAAGAAGCCACGCCUUGGUGGAUGGGUGGAUGACGACGACAAGGAAGGAGGCCUCGAGUGGAACCUGCUGCGCGACCUGCCCUACGUCGCCUUCCGCCGUCUCCUCGACUUCCUCUCCUCCGCCACCGCCAAUGCCGAGGGCUCGUUGAAGGCAGUUUUGCCUGGGGUGCCGGAGCUGUGCCGCGUGCGCGCCGAGAGUGGACGGUUCGCUGGUGAGCUCGAGUGGGGCGACGAAGUGGCCCCGGGCGAAGAGGAGGCCUUCGAGCUGCAGAUGGAGGCCCAGGAAAAGCAGCUGCGCUCCCUGCGGCCCUAUCACACUCCGCCGAGGCACGCCCAGCACCACGAUUCGAUCGGCAGCGUGGCUGCGCUGCGACUCACCUGCCACGCCAUCAAGAACGCCGUCGACCACGCCCUCGGCGCCAGCGCGCAAGGCUCCGCCCUCUACGUGCCACUUGAUCAGUUCCUCGUCGACCACUUCUUCCCGGCCGCCGCCACCGCGGCCUCGAGCGCCGGAUCAGACAAAGCGGUGCCGCCGCCGCUGCUGCCGCUGUUGUCCAACUCAGCCGAGGCGGCGCGCACCAAGGACCGGUUCCGGAAGAUGGCUGACCUGACCCUGGGCGUGGCCCAGGCUCGCCUCCACCAGUCGCAGCUGGACGAGGUGCUGGAGUACGUGUGGCGCACGUGGGAGUUCGCACCUGCCAAGCUCGAGGCCCUCCGCCAGCAGCUCCUCGCGCCCCGCGCCACCGUCGCCGGUGACCAAGCUCAGGCGGCGCUGCUCAAGGUGGAGUACCUGCGGCGGGAGGACGACUACCUGGGCCAGUCCUACGGGCUGGGCAUCUGCGCCUGCCUGUCCCUCGGCCUGCCCGACAUGCCCCACGAGCGAGCGGAGGUGGGGCUGUGGGUGCUCCAGGCGUGGGACCACCGGGACGAGGGCUGGGACCUGCAGGUGGUCGUCGAUCUACGCACCUCCUCGGCCAGCUGGAAGCAGCUCCUCGAACCAACAAGACGAAACGAGGAUGAACAGGAGAAAGAGGAGGAGGAGGAGGAGGAAAGGGGCGAAGAUGACGAGGCAUCUGCUCCGCUGCACGUGGUGGUCUUCGACUACUACCGCUCGCGUGGCAACAUCAUGGACCAGACCACCGCCAACUUCACCCUCCUACGCAAGUUGUGGCGGUGCGUGGGACUCGGCGGCGGCGGCGAUGACGACGGCAGCGACCAGGACCUAUCGUGGAAGGGGAAGGAGGUGCUGACCACGCUCCUGGCCUGCCUGGGCUUCGCGUGGCACGACGACGUCGAUCUGCUGUGGGACGACUGCGACGACGAAGAUGCCGACACAGUCAACGAGCAUGUCGCUGGCAUCGGUCGGGGCAGGGGCCGGAGCCGUGGCGGCCGGCGGCGCGUGACUGAGGUCCAGAACACCAUGCUGCUCGAGACGAGCCGGGUCAAGCACAAGGAGCUGCUGCAGGGGCUGGCGCCCUAUGUCGCCCAACUCAACGCCUUUCUCGACGCCCGCCAACAGUCCGCCGCCACCGAGGUCAAGACGCGAGAGCAGGUGGUGAGGCGUGUGCGACGGUUCAUCGGCCAGCAGAGGCUCGCGCGCACGGAGUCCUACAUCCGGCAGCGCCUCCAAGGCGGCGCCCCCUGGCCUUCGUCCUCCGAAUGCCCCGAGUUUGCUCUCGCCCACGUCGAAGGCCAUGAGGUGGCGAACGAGCUGCGGGUGGUCUACGCCCGCACGUUGGACCUCGAGCCGGGCGAGUACUCCUCCUUCUCCGAUCGCACAGUCGAGCUCGCCUUUCCGGUCUCGGCCGAUGCGCUGCGCCGCGUUGAACUUGCCGGCGACGGCGAUGGCGGCGACGAUGACCACCAUCGCGCGGGGCCGCUGCCGCUGGAGGUGGUGUUCCGAGUGUCAACAAAGUCGGCCAACUGCUACACCGGCCCGCACGCGCAGUCGAUGGUGACGGCGCGCGUGGUGGGACACCACCCGCGGCUGAGCGCCGCCCUUGCUGCCAAGGCAGUGGCGCCGAUGCAUCCCGACGACGCCAUGGCCGAGGAGGAGGACGGUCAGGAGGCGACAGAAGGAGUUGAAGAAGGGGAGGAGGACGAGGACACGAUCGUGCUGAAGCUCGAUCGCACCAUCUCAGACAUGGGCCGCAACGAGAAGGUCAUGGCCACGGAGGCCAUCGAGCUCGUCGGCCGCCUGCUCGGCCUCGCCCUCCGGCCCACUUCGGGCGAUGCGCCGCAACCCACCGCCGACGCCGACGGCACCGGUGGACCGAGGCCGGGGUUGUUCCGAGGCCACAACCCCGACCCGGCCAUGGAGACCACUCCGUUCGCGAGGGCCGUGCUGGCGUUCCUGGACGAGGCGGCGCGGGUGGCGACGUGGGACGCCGAGGAGGGCACCUUCCCCGUGCAGUCCACCCUGCGCCAGAAGUGGGACGAAGGGGAAGCCAACGGGGACGACGACGAUGAUGCGGGAGCCGAGGAUGGCACGAAAACAGCGGAGCAGCUCAAGAGCCAGCUGACCCGAGAGAUCGGAGACCUGUGCGCAAUGGACCGGGUAGCGCUCUGGUGA